AUGGCCGACUCCUUCCUUCACCUCGCCCGUCCCUUGGGCCCCGUCUCCGUGGGCACCGCUCCCACUACGGCCCCUCUUAACGUGGUCAUCCAGCCGCAGGCCGUCUUCUCCAUCCUCGACCACUCGCUUCGCCGUAACGCCGAUCAGGAACGUGUCAUUGGAACCCUGCUUGGAACACGAUCGGAAGAUGGAGGUGAGGUUGAGGUGCGGUCCGCAUUCGCCGUGGGCCACUCCGAAGCCGAGGACCAGGUCGAAGUCGACAUGGAGUACCACAAGCAGAUGCUCGCCCUGCACCUGAAGGCCAACCCGCGCGAGGUCCUUGUCGGCUGGUACGCUACCGCCUCGGAGCUGAACACCUUCUCCGCCUUGAUCCAGAACUUCUACAGCGGCCAGGGCGACGGCACAUGGCCGCACCCCGCCGUCCACCUGACUGUUUCCACUCAGCCCGGAAAGGACCUUGAGACUCGCGCCUACAUCUCCGCACCCGUUGGUGUCACUGCUGAGCGUGCUGCCGACAGCGCCGCCUUCAUCCCCGUCCCCUACGAGCUCCGAUACGGCGAGGCCGACAAGAGCGGUCUCGAGGCCAUUGCCAACGCCAAGGAUAGCGAGGAGCGCUCCACCACCAUUACCUCCGAUGUUGAGUCUCUGGAGCGUGCGAUCGAGGAGGUCAUCUCUAUGAUCGAUCGUGUGUCGCGUUAUGUUGAGUCGGUUAUCGAUGAGGAAACCCCCGCUUCCACUGCCAUGGGCCAGUUCCUGCUGAACGCCCUUGCUCUGGCUCCCAAGGUCGAGCCCGCUGACAUUGAGCGCGACUUCAACAACCACAUCCAGGACGUCCUGGUCGUUUCCUACCUGGCCAACACCAUCCGCACACAGAUGGAGCUGUCCAACCGACUAGCAACUGCUCAGCUCACUCUGGGUGGCGGCGAGAAUGCCGGCGAAGGCAACCAGCGCAACCAGCGCGGCAACAAGGGAGGCCGUCAGAACAACCGCCCCCAGGACCGGGCUGCCACUGAGGAGGCACGCGCAUAG